AAAUUCAAGUUGUAAGUAGUACCAUUCGAAAUUUUAAUUCGUCACUUACCAACGUUAACCUAAACAAUAAAAUAUUUAACGAAAACAUUGAAAACUUUAAAAAAUCACUUUCGGAUCAAGAAUUUAAAUAUUUUAACAUGGAAUUGAGACAACAAAUAGAUGAACAUCUUUCUCGACUAUCAUUAGUAAUCAAUGAACUGAACACCGAAUAUUCUACAAUAAUAAACGCAUAUCUAUUUUCCAAGUCAGACAUAAUCCACCCUUCUAUAAUCUCCGUUGAACAAUAUAUUCACGAACUAUCCAAGGCGCUAAUCCAUUCGAACUUCACAACGUUAAAGACCUUAUGUCAGUGUCAUCAAUCAAAAGUUAUGCCACUUCUAAUUUAUUUAUUUUCAAGAUAUCCAACCCUUUGGUUACCCAAGAUUCAUUUGAAUUAUUCAAAUUAAUUCCACUACCGAUGAAAAACAACCUCAACGAGUUUCUUUUUAUAUUACCAUUGGUAAAAUAUUUAUCAGUGACAAAUUCUAAAACAAACUACGUCACGAUUGACGAUCUUAGUGGAUGUAAAGCCAUUGAAUUAGAACAUUAUAUCUGUUUUCAAACAAAUCCUACAAAAUUCACAAGAACAUCAAAUCUCUGUUCAGUGCAAUUAUUAUUCCAUUCCAAUCAAAUACCCGAAUCCUGUGACAUAAGAAAGACAAAAUUUAAAAGCGAGAUAUUCCACCCUCUACAUACGCAGAAUAGUUGGUUAUUUGUAACGCCUAACCGCAUUGAUGCAACUUUAAAUUGCAAAACUGAAUCCCCUCGCGAUUUCCCUAUCGAAGGUACAGGAAUAAUUACCUUACCACCAAAGUGUCGACUCUUUACGAAUUCAGCAGUUUUAAAACCCAUUAACAAAAAUUUAACUUCCGGAACUACCCUUGAUAUAACAUUCCCAAGCUUUAAUAUUUUAGAAGAUCACUAUUCAAAACAAAAUAUUAAAAACACAUCCCCAGAAAUUACACCCCUACAUAUCAAUAACUUAGAUAUAGAAAGUUUAGAUAUCGUAAACCACAAACUCUUCCAAAUAUCAGAUAAAAUUGACGAUGUCGAAUCAUUUAAUAUCUUACAAAAUUCAUAUUUUGUUUAUUUCUUAAUGACAACGUUAAAAUUUAUAGGACUGUAUGUUCUAUAUAAAAUUUACAAACAUAUUAAAUCUAAGUAUAGAAACCGUAAAGGAAAACCCAUAUUGCCAUGUAUAACUGCUAAACAACAUAGUGAAGUGAUUGACCAUGACCCUGAAGAUAUCGAAUUACCGGAAACAAACCAAUCUCCGUUACGUAGGAGCACCAGAAUUGCAAAACUAAAAAGUUAAAAAAAUAUUUCAUAAUUUUGUGUAUAUAUAUAUAUAUAUCUAAAUUUAAUUAAAUGUAAGCCGUUUUACUACGAUAGGUUAAGAAUUUUAUUUUAAGACAAAAAAAUAUAUAAGUAUAUAUUUUUCUCUAAGGGGGAAGGUGUAAUGUAUCUGUAAUACAAUUGUAAUAUAACUAUAAUGUAAUAACAAUCAUUAUCUUGUUAUAACUU